CUCUCUCUCUCUCUCUCUCUCUCUCUCUCUCUCUCUCUCUCUCGCAUGGCCUGGACAGGGACCCUGCCAGGCCUGACUCUGCUGCUACCUCUGCUCUUACCGCCCUGGACACCCACCAGAGCCAGGGCUGGGAAGGUGGUCGUGCUGGCACCCACUGAGGUGCAUGGCUCCCUGGGCAGCACCGUGACCCUGCCAUGUCACCUGCAACGUCUGGAAUCCAAAACCUCGCGGGUGACUCAGAUCAGGUGGAAGCGGCUGGACCCGCUGGGGGACCCCAGCAUUGUGGCCGAAUUCCACUGGGAGAGGGGCCCCAGAAUCCCAGAACCCGACCGUGUGAAAUUCAACUCUACCCAGUUGGGUGCGGACCUGCUGGAUGCCUCGCUGACCAUUCGUGAGCUAAGCCCUGGGGAUGAAGACAACUACACCUGCGAGAUCCACAUCAGCACGUCCGAGAUGGGGAGCGCCCGCACCUGGCUCCGCGUGUUCUAUGCCCCCCAGGUCUCCAUCGCCCUCUAUGAUGACAUUGGGCCGCAGGGCCACAGGGAGAUCAGCCUGACCUGUGACGCCCGCAGCAACCCAGAACCCAAGAGCUAUAACUGGAGCACGACCACGGGCCCCCUGCCCCCCUCUGCUGUACCCCAGGGCUCCCGGCUCCUGAUCCAGCCCACUGAGGAGUCCAUCAACACGACAUUCAUCUGCCGCGUCUCCAAUGAACUGGGCAUGGGCCAGGCAGCCAUGAGAGUCCAGCUCCCAGGAACCCCCCAGGAACAGUCACACUCAGGUUUGGCUCGCCAGAUGGGCCUGCCUGUUGUGGUUGUUGUGGGAAUCGUGUUGGUGGAUGUGUUGGGGGCCCUGGUUUAAUCCCGGGGUCGGAGACAGUGCCGUGAGUGUCUCUGGAACAUUCCCCACUCGUGUGUCGGCCCUGAGCAUCCUGAACCCAGAUCCCUGAGCCCAACCCCGCGCGAGGCUCUGUGCUCGUUCCCCAAGCAGCCUGUCCUGCGUGUCCCCACAGCCGGGUGGCCCUGACCCGGCAGACAUGGACACUGAGGCAGGGGCUGGUCUCCCACCCGAAAGAGUGAGGCCCCCCGAUUCCAGGCCCCGUCAGCACUGGGCGCCCACCAGGGGUACAUGGGUACUGAGGGCAGAGUGAUACCCCCAGCUGUCCCUCAUGUCCCUUGCUAGGAGAGACCCCCGGAUGCCUCUACAGACAGGAGGGGGCAGCAGGAACUUGAACCCUGGCCCCCCAGCAGGAGUUGAGGUGGAAGAACUUGCUGGGGCAAGUGAAUUAACAGGUCAUUAACAUGGACUCAGUCAGUAUUGAUCAACAAUUGAUUAUAGGGCUGUGGGUCAGAGCAGUAGUAGAGCAGGUAGGGUUCCUGCCUUGCACACAGCCAACUGGGAUUUGAUCCCAGCACCCUAUGUGGUCCCUCAACUUCACCAGCAGUGACCACUGAGUGUAGAGUCAACAGUGGGCCCUGAGCUUCGCAGGUUGUGGGCUAAAACCCAAUACUACUGUUAUUGAUAAUAAUAGGUCAGGGAUAGUGUUUGGCUUCUGUGAUUUAUUGAUUUAUAUUCACUAACAGGCCAUAUGGGGUUUGUAGUAUUGAUUCAUUGAUUGAAAAUUAAUAACAGGCCGGGAUAGGGUUCAGUGGUGGAACAUGUGACUUGAUAUAUGAGAUGCCAGGUGUGAUUUCUGACACUGCAGAGGAAGGAAAGGAAAGAAUGAAGUGAAUCCCAAAGAGUUACUGAAUAAAACCUCUCCCCAACCCGGUUUUAGAACUGUGGGUCUCUGAGGGAAGGGGAGCCCUGUGGGCCUGGAGUCAUGGUCCCCAGGCCCCUGGGUCUGCCCGUGACUGCCUGCGGGUUCCUGACGCGUCUGCUCUGUGUCCACAGGUCAGGACCCCCACAGCGCCCUUGAUCAUGGGGUAAGUGUGGGUGGGUGCUGAGGUGGAUGAGGUGCCCACAGAGCACUGCCCAGUUGCUCUCCCAGGAGCACCCCAUUUGUUGCUCCCAAAUCUCUCACACUUACUCACAACCGACCCUAGUUUGCUGGCUCUGUGCUAGGGCUGCUGGUAAGUUUACAUUUCUGCACUCCUGACUCUGAGUUUGGGGGUCAGCCAGGGCAGAGCUGGAGAAUCAUGUGUUUUCAAGGAAGAAACACAAGCCCCCCCGCCCAGUGGGCAAAACAUGUGCCAGCCAGGCCAGCACCAUUCCUGUGCUGUCUUUCAAACGUGGGGGUCUACAUUUUAAUGGGUGUUCCUUGUAGGCCCCUCAAGAUGCAUCUGGGGAAACUGCCUGGCCCCCAGAGAGAAUGACCCACAGGCUUGACCUCUGGGCCGAGGGUCUAUAGGGAGAGUCGCUGGUUUUGUCUGAAAGGACCUUGCAGGUCAAGUUUGAAUACUGUAACUGAGCUGUAACACUAAGUCACUAGCAUAUCUGCUGGGCACCUGCUGUGGCACAACUAAGUAAAGAGAGCUCCGCCACUAUGCUAACAGCUUCUGUGCUUCUGGACAGCUUCUAUGCUGCUAUUCAAAAAGUAAGGGGGGGAUCAGUGUACAGGGAGAGCUUUGUCCUGAGGUCAGCAUCCUGAGGUCAGCCCUGACCUCACCUGCCCCUGCUCCAGCAUCUCUAGGUUGGUCCAUCUUUGUCCUCUGUCGGUGGAUCGUGGGAAGCGCUGGCUUCUCUCUGCACAGCUGCACAGGAGACAGGCUGGAAAGGGAAGAUUCAAACUGUUCCCAGUUUGGGGGUUUAGUUUCUCACAGACCUUCCUCCUUUCACUACUGCAAAUAGAUUUCCAACUUCCUCUCUCUGGAGAGGGAAGUGACAGUUGUGCUCCCACCUGCUUCCUCCCUUGACUGGAGCCAGGUUGAGCCAUGGACUCUGCCUCUCUUUCUUUCAGGCCCUGAAGGGACUGCCACCCAGAUACUCCUUGUCUGCUAAGAGCAUGUUACUUACCCCUUCAAAACCAGAAAAGCUGAAAAUGUUGAUGUAUCACUGUGUUGGGUUGUGAUGGUUUGUCCGUAACUCAGCCUGCCGUGUUGGUACCAAAGGAGCCUUUCCUGACCCCUCCAGCUGUCCUCCCGCCAUCCUUAGGGAGUCAGAAAAUCUGCUGGUGCAAAUCGACCCAUUAACUACGCGUAUGUAUGUGUGUGUACACAGAACUGGCCACAAUGCUCAUCGUCAAUUUGUCUGUCUGUGCACUGGAAAGCCAGAGCCAGGAUGAAAUCAGAAGCAGAAGCCCUUGGACCAGCUGCAUCACCAAUAAAGGUCAGAGUGUGAGGCCAUGUGUACCAAUGCUUAGAAAUAUCUGGUCUUUUUGACAAUUGUCUUUUUGCCAGUUUAGAUUUUUAAUGAUUCCAGGCUGACUAGAUUGGAUUCCUCCCAGACACUCAGGGAAAGUCUGAAGGUGAAAGUGCAGCCACCCUGCAGGGCUUCUUACUGUGGACUCGGGAGCAGAUUUGUCCUUGGUGAACUUCGGCAGCUUUAAAAUAUGAGGCUGGGGGUCAGCCUCCAUUGCAAUUUUUGUUAAAAAAAAAUAAGAGAUACCUAAAAGUAAAGAGAAAUCAUUGUAAUUAAUGUUUUGAAUUAAAUUGUUAGUAUGUGUGUUAGUAUGCAAUUAGUAUGCAAUUGAGUUUAAUUUAGGUUGUUUACCAGGUUACUUUGGAAAGUUUUAAGUUUGUAUUGUGUUUAAAGGGCAAAUGGGCAGUGCUUUUUAAUUACUCUUGAGAAACAAGACUUACCAGGACCCAAGUAAAAAAAAAAUGAUGAUUUGAGACAUCCGAGAGCCCCAGGAGCACCAGAAGUGAGCACCACAAUCCGAUCCAGCACUGAAGUGGCCCACCACUCCCUGCACAGCAGUUUGGACUCACAGCUCAGCGUCCAUUACCUAAUUCUGAAGGGGACAUCCUGGCUAUCCCAACCACAUUAGGCCAACAGUCCAUUAUCCUAUUCCAAUCAAAAUAUUCCCCCAAAACAUUAAAAUGACAGUGAACACAAACAAUUGCACAAUCCCAUUGAAAAAGAACACUUCCCCUGAAGCUACGCCAGUGGCCCUACAUAAGGCACAGAGGAGCACUGAAGAAGCAGUAUCCUUAAAGGGGGAAAAAGAGACCACCAUCGACUGAGCCCAUCUAGAAUUCUCCCUUGCAGCGAGAGGUGGUCACUGGUAGUGUACUGAAGGGACCCAUCUCCAUGCUACCACAGCAACAUGAAGAAACAGUGCAGACUACCCCCCUCCCCAGGAGUGGAUGAAAAAAAGAGCCCUGAAGUCUCAACAGGGAAUUCCCACAAAUAGAAUCUCUCAGACAAAGAACUCAGAGAUGAAAGAAACGUUGAGGAUGUUCAAUGAACUCAAAUAAAUGGUGGGACAGACAUCCAGUAAAUUAAAGGAGGACAUGAAAGGAACAGUGGAACGGACAGCCAAGAAAAUACAGCAAGAAAUGAGAGCAGAAAUAAGAAAGCUACAAACAGAAGUGUCACUAACAUGGGGCUAGAGCAAUAGCACAGCGGGUAGGGCGUUUGCCUUGCAUGUGGCUGACCCGGGUUUGAUUCCCAGCAUCCCAUAUGGUCCCCUGAGCAUCGUCAGGGGUGAUUCCUGAGUGCAGAGCCAGGAGUAGCCCCUGUGCAUUGCAGGUGUUACCCAAAAAGCAAAAAAAGAAAAAAAAAGUGUCACUAAUAAAGGAAUUGGUAGAUGAAAUAACAAACUCAGUGGGUUCCCUCAACAGUAGAAUGACUAUAGCCAUAGACAGAAUCAGUGAUGUUGAAGAUGAGCUGCAGAAAGCCUACAGGAAACAACAAACAAUGGGAAAAGACCUCAAAAUAGCUCUAGGGCAAAUCAGAGACCUAGGGGAUGAAUCCAAGAGGAACAACGUAAGAAUCAUCAGAGUACCAGAAGGGCAGGGAGGCAAACCCAAUGAAAAAGCCACAGUUAAAGAUAUCAUUGCUGAAAAGUUCCCAGAACUGGAGAAUGAAGGCAUCCAGAUCCAAGGAGAUCGUAGGGUGCCAGCCAAGAGAGACCCCAAUAAAAAGACUCCAAGACAUAACAUAAUCAGAAUGAUGGAUGCCACGGAUAGAGACACAAUACUGCAAGCAAAAAGGUCAAAGAAGGAAAUCACAUACAAUGGAACACCCCUUAGAUUUACAGCAGACUUAUCAGAUGAAACCUUCCAAGCCUGAAGACAAUGGUGGAAUAUAGUGAAAAAAAUUCAAUGAAAUGAAAGCCUCACCAAGAAUACUUCUUUCCACUAAACUCUCACUCAAACUUGAAGGAACAAGAUACACUAUUUCAUGGAUAAACAAUAGCUCAGGAACUUCAUAAACUCAAAACCAACCUUAAAAGAAGGGCUAAAGGGGCUACUCUAAGAGAAGAAAACCCCCCUACAUGCACAACAAACCUUUACAAAAAGAUGGCACACUACUCCAUGACAAUAAUCUCUCUCCAUGUCAAUGGUCUAAAUACACCAAUUAAGAGACACAGAGUGGCAAGAUGGAUUCAGACACUGAACCCAGCAUUCUUCUGCCUAAAAGAAACACACCUGAACAGUCAGAGCAAACAGAGACUCAAAGUCAAAGGAUGGAAAACAAUUCUUCAUACAAACAACUCCCUCAGAGAAACUGGGGUGGCCAUACUAGUAUCCGACAACAUAGAUUUUAGGCUGAAAAAGGCCAUUUUUUAAUAAUCAGGGGAUAUGUACAACAGGAAGAAAUCACACUCCUAAACAUAUAUGCAUCCAAUGAGGGACCAGAUAAAUAUUUAAAACAACUACUAAUAGAAUUUAAGGAGGACAUUGGUAGCAACACAAUAGUAGUCGGACUUCAACACUGCCCUAUCACCUCCUGAUAGAUCAACCAGACUGAAACUCAGCAAGGAAGUACUGGCUUUGAAUAAAGAAAUGGAAGAGAGUGGGCUAAUAGAUGUAUACAGAGCCUUUCAUCCCCCCAAAUUGAAUACACAUUCUUUUCCAGUGCACAUGGAACAUUCUCCAAAAUAGACCAUGUGCUGGGCCACAAAACAUACCUCAAUUGAAUCAGAAGAAUAAAAAUUGCAUCAACUCUUUUUUCAGACCACAAUGCACUGAAGAUAGAAGUUAAUCACACAAAGACAGAGAAUCAAAUCAAACACCUGGAAAUUUAACAACUCAAUAUUGAACAAUGCGUGAGUCAGAGAGGAAAAUCAAGGAAGAAAUCAAAAGAUACUUGCAAACAAAUGAGAAUGAAGACACGAGCUACCAGAACUUGUGAGACACAGUUAAAGCAGUGUUGAGGGGAAAAUUUAUAGCUCUGCAAGUGUUUCUCAAGGAGGAAGAGCCCACACAAUAACCUGACUUCACAGCUCCAGAUCUUAGAAAAAGUCCAACAAAAGGAGCCCAAACCAAAAAGGAGGAAGGAAAUAAUAAAACUUAGAGCAGAAAUGGAAACCCAAAAAACUAUCCAAAAAGUCAGUGAAACCAAGAGCUGGUUAUUUGAGAAAAUAAACAAGAUCGAUAAACCACUAGCAAGACUCACAAAGAAAGAGAGAGAGAGAGAGAGAACCCUAAUAAGCUGAAUCAGAAAUGAAAAGGGGGACAUCACAACAGAAACCAAAGAAAUUCAAAAGGUGAUCAGAGAUUACUUUGAAAGUCUAUAGGCCACAGAACAAGAGAACCUAGAAGAAAUGGAUAAAUUCUUGGUUUCCUAUAACCUCCCAAGGCUGAGCCAAGAAGAUCUGGAAUACCUGAAUUGACCUAUCACCAUCAAGGAAAUUGAAAGGGUAAUUAAAAAUCUUCCCCAAAACAAAAGCCCAGGUCCAGAUGGAUUCACUAGGGAAUUCUUCCAAACAUUUAAGGAGGACCUACUGCCAGUCCUUUUCAAGCUUUUCCAGGAAAUUGAAGAAACAGAAACUCUCCCAAACAGUUUCUAUGAGGCACAAAUCACCCUAAUACCAAAAGCCAACAGAGACCCCACCAAAAAAGAAAAUGACAGGCUGAUAUCUUUGAUGAACACAGAUGCAAAGAUCUUCAAGAAAAAUAUUGGCAAAUAGAAUCCAGCAAUUCAUCAAAAAGAUUAUAUGUCACGACCAAGUGGGUUCAUCCCAAGGAUGCACGGAUGGUUUAACAUUCGCAAGUCAAUCAACAUAAUUCAUCAGAUCAAUAAAAGAAAAGACAAAAACCAUAUGAUCAGAUCAAUAGAUGCAGAGAAAUCAUUUGACAAGAUCCAGCACCCAUUUAUGAUGAAAACUCUCACCAAAAUGGGAAUUGAAGGAACUCAAUUAGUCAAAGCCAUCUACUACAAUCCUACAGCAAGCAUUAUCCUCAACCGGGAAAAACUAAGAGCCUUCCUUCUAAGAUCAGGGACAAGACAAGUAUGCCCAUUCUCACCACUAUUAUUCAAUAUAGUACUGGAAGUACUUGAAAUAGUAGUCAGGCAAGAAAAAGACGUUACGGGCAUCCAAAUAGGAAAGGAAGAAAUCAAACUCUCACUAUUUGCAGAUGACAUGAUACUAUAUUUAUUUAUUUAUUUAUUUAUUUAUUUAUUUAUUUAUUUAUUUUAGUUUCUACAAAUUUUUUAUUGAUAUUAAUAAAAUACUUUCUGAUCCAUAUUCCUAAUUGGUUAGAGGAACAAAUAUUUUUCUAGCAUUUCCCUUUUCUUUUUUUUUUUUAUUCUUGAAAAUAUUUUUUUUUAAAUUUUUUAUUGUGGAAAGUUACAAAGUUACAAAGUUUUCAGGUUUAAAUCUCAGUUAUACAAUGCUCGAAUACCCAUCCCUUCACCAGUGCUCAUAUUCCACCACCAAGAAUCCCGGUAUAGCUCCACCCCGCAUGAUACUAUAUUUAGAGAAAAUUGCUCAAAGAAGAAAUUCAAAUGGCCAAAAGGCACAUAAAAAAAUGCUCUUCAUCACUAAUCAUCAGGGAGACACAGGUCAAAACAACUAUGAGAUAUCACCUUACACCACAGAGACUGGCACACAUCCAAAAGAACAAAAACAGCAAGUGUUGGUAUAGAUGUGGGGAGAAAAGAACUCUCUUUCACUGCUGGUGGAAAUGCCGACUGGUCCAGCCUUUUUGGAAAACAAUAUGGACAUUUCUCAAAAAACUAAAAAUCAAGCUCCCAUGUGACCCAGCAAUACCACUUCUGGGAAUAUAUCCGGAGAUGCAAAAAAGUACAGUAGAAAUGACAUAUGCACUUGUAUGUUUAUUGCAGCACUAUUUACAAUAAGUAGAAUCUGGAUAAAACCUGAGUGCCUGAGAACAGAUGACUGGUUAAAUAAACUUUGGUAUAUCUACACAAUGGAAUACUAUGCAGCUGUUAGAAAAAAAAUGAAGUCAUAAAAUUUGCAUGUAAGUGGGUCAACAUGGAGAGUAUCAUGCUAAGUGAAAUGAGUCAGAAAGAGAGGGAUCGACAUAAAAGGACUGCACUCAUUUGUGGAAUAUAAAGUAACAUAAUAGGAGACUAACACCUAAAGACAGUUAAAAUAAGGGUCAGGAGGACUGCCCCACAGCUUGAUAGCCGAUCUCAUGCACUAGGGGAAAAGGUAGCUGAGACAGAGAGAGGAGCACUAAAUAAAUGAUGGUUGGAGAGAUCACUCGGGAUAGUAGAUGCAUGUUGAAAGUAGACUAUGGACCAAACAUGAUGGCUAUUUGUUACCUGUAUUGCAGACCAUAACACCCAAAAGGACAGAAAGAGUAAGAGGGAUUGUGCCUGCCACAGAGGCAGGAGGUGGGAAGGGGUGGGGGUGGG